GAUUCAUCUCUAUCUGAAUGCUCUUGUGAAUGGUUUGUUAAAAAACAGGAACACGAAGAAUUUCUUCCCUUGCUCUUCCCCUACACCCUUCUUCAUGCGGUGUCAUUAGUGCUUGUACAUUUUCUGUAAAUCGCUGUCACUGAAAGCUGUACAAUCUCUAGAUUGUUUCAACUUAAAAAAUGACGGCCCCUGAUGUAAGCUACACCGACAAUGGCAGCACGGUUGUGCUGGACAACGGCACGGUUCAAAUUACCAUAACCAAGCCUGGAGGAAAUGUUGCAGUAGUCAAAUAUGGGGAAAUGGAUAAUCUCUUGGACGCAUCAUUGAAAGAAAAUGACCGGGGGUACUGGGACAUGAACUGGAAUGUUGCCAAUGGAUCAGAUACUUAUGACUUGCCAAGUGGAACCAUAUUUAAACUGGUUCACUCGGACGGAGAUAAAGUUGAAGUUUCUUUUACCCGACCAUACGACUCAACUAAAACACCAGCCAUGCUGCCUCUUGAUGUCGACAAGAGGUUUGUUCUGCUUCGUGGAAGUUCAGGUUUCUAUACAUACGGAAUCUACAGCCGCCCGACCGGAUGGCCUGACUUUGACCUCAAUCAACUCAGAGUUGUGUUCAUGCCGCGCAGAGACAACUUCCAAUACAUGGCCGUUGCGGAUAACAAGCUCAGGCUCAUGCCAUCGCCUGAUGAUCUCACAGAUGCUCGCAGUGAAGAGCUAGGUUAUAAGGAAGCCAGACUUCUUACUAAUCCCAUUGAACCCUCUUUAAAAGGACAGGUCGAUGAUAAAUAUCAGUACUCUGAAGACAACAAGGACAUGAAAGUCCAUGGAUGGAUGUCCAAGGACACGAAUCCUACGGUAGGAUUUUGGAUGAUCACACCAAGCAAUGAGUUCAAAAAUGGAGGCCCCAUGAAGGCGGAUCUAACUUGCCACACUGGUCCUACAUGUCUUUCUAUGUUCCACAGCGCACACUACGCAGGAAUAGACCUUUGUCCACAAUUCAGAAAUGGAGAAGCAUGGAAGAAAGUCUUUGGUCCAGUUUAUGUAUACCUUAAUCAAAGACCCGCUGGAACUACAGUUCGUCAUCUUUGGGAUGAUGCAAAAGCUCAAAUGGCCACAGAAGUAGCUGCAUGGCCAUACACAUGGCCCUCUUCAUCAGACUAUCCGCAUGCAGCAGAUCGAGGACAAGUAUCAGGCCGACUUUUUGUCCAAGACAGUUAUGCGAGUUUGGAAAGGAGCUCAGCCCGGGACGCAUGGGUGGGAUUGUCCCUGCCUGGAGAUGUAGGAACUUGGCAGACGGAGAGUAAGGGGUAUCAGUUCUGGACCAAAGCUGAUAGUAAAGGCAAUUUCUCCAUUCAGAAUGUUCGUGCUGGCACUUACAGUCUCAAUGCUUGGGUACCUUCCGUCAUUGGUGACUACCUGAAAGACGGACAAAUUACAGUUGCAGCAGGAGAUAGUAUCUCACUGGGUGAUUUGACUUACACGCCUCCAAGAUACGGGCCAACCGUGUGGGAAAUUGGUAAUCCCAGUCGAACUGCCGCAGACUUUUAUAUUCCCGAUCCGGACUCAAGAUAUCCAAAUCUUCUCUACGGCACCGUCGAAAAAUGGCGAAAUUAUGGACUCUGGCAAAGAUACACGGAUUUAUAUCCGUCUCAGGAUUUGAUCUACACAGUAGGAACAAGCGAUUAUACCAAAGAUUGGUUCUUUGCUCAUCUCUGCAGGCAUGAAUCCGAUGGUACCUGGGUAGCGGCAACGUGGCAGAUCAAGUUCAAUCUAUCGACUUUCGAUGCCAGCCAGGGUGCUUACAAGCUCCGCAUGGCCAUUGCCCAAGCCGAGAUUGCAGCUAUCCAGGUCCGGGUUAAUAGCAGCACCAUGAAGCCUGUUUAUGAGACGCCAGCAUUCGGCAAAGACAACGCCAUCGCUCGGCACGGCAUUCAUGGACUGUACGCCCUCUACAACAUCGACAUCCCAGCAGCGAAUCUGCAGCAGGGAGCCAACAUCAUCUAUCUGACUCAGAGGAAGGCCUCAGGUCCCUUCAAUGGGGUCAUGUACGACUACCUCCGCCUCGAGUCCCCGCCCGUCUCCUCCUCCUCCUCCUUUUAAUUCCUCAGCGAGAUGAGCAGCAGCAGCUGCAACGAAUCACGACAACAUUUUGUUCAUGUUGAGGGACUAGUGUGGAGCCAGUGUCGCAGUUCAUCAUCGAGUCCACACAUGCUGCUCACGUACUGAGGUUCUACUUGACCUUCCACGAAAACCCAUUGGUGCAAGUAGAUUUGUCGCCAGCGUUGUCCGCGAUGAAAAGUCGUGGAGGUCUUGUCUGCACGAGGGAAGCAGGCCAGAAAGCUUUCUGACUUCGUAUAUAGCUUGGGUAUAUAAUAUACACCCCAGACUAUAUAAUAUAUACUAUAUAUUAUAGUCUAUACGCCAUGUACAUCAACUCUCCUAAGGUACUUAAAGGGGUUGAGAUGGCAUUAUUACUUAAGAUCCGAUACCUUUUAUGAGGCAUUCUGAUGCGAGUAUCCUGAGGAGUUUUUUGUCAUUUAAUAUCUAACUUAUUAAUCAAUUGCCCUGUUUAUGUAUAAAAUUCCCUUCAAUAGGAAACUGCCAUGAUAUAGAAUUUGAUGUUCUGCAAUUUAAUGUAAAAUGCAUCAAAGUGUCAUCUGG